UCUGGGUCUCCCAUACAGGUGCAGGGGCCCAAGGACUUGGGACAUUUUCUGCUGUUUUCCUAGGCCGUAGCAGAGAGCUGGAUAGGAAGUGGAGCAGCUGUGUCUCGAACCAGUUCCCAUAUGGGAUGCCAGCACUUCAGGGCAGGGCGUUAACCCACUGCACCACAGUGCCAACCCCAAGAAACUUGUUAUAUUGGCUGUUUUUACCUUGAGAUAACUUGAUGUCACAAUGUGUGUAUGAAUUUCACAUGCCAGAGUUGUUGAAUGCAGUAGUAAUUCUUUUGAAACAUUAAAGCAAUGGAGAGAAUAUUUGUGUUUUUGUAUUGAUACUGUCCUUAUUUCAGAUAUGAGGCAGAGGGUUAGAAUCCUUGAGAAACUUAAUAUUUGCAUAAAGAGAUACUCAGAAAUUUUUGUCAGUUGUGACAUUGUUUCCGGCAUGAAAAAUUGGAGACUAAAUCCCAUCAACAGGCUAGUGAAGAAAUAUGAAACGCAAUGGAAGCAGAAGUUGUUUGACUAGGAGAAGUAGGUUUGGUUCUCGAGAAAGAGACUGGCUGAGAGAAGAUGUGAAGAGAGGCUGCGUUUACCUGUAUGGCGCAGAGACCAGCACUGCCACUACAGCCACCGCCUCCUCUACUUCCUGCUCCUCCUCCUCCUCUGACUUACAUCUUGUCCUUUGCACAGUGGAGACACCAGCGUCAGAAAUAUGUGCUGGAGAGGGAAGAGAAAGUCUAUAUAUACAGCUUCAUGGAGACCUGGUCAGGAGACUGGAGCCUACUGAACGACCUCUUCAGAUUGUUUAUGAUUACUUGUCCAGGCUGGGAUUCGACGAUCCUGUGCGCAUACAAGAGGAGGCUACUAAUCCUGAUCUUGGCUGUAUGAUUCGAUUUUAUGGUGAAAAGCCAUGCCAGCUGGAUCAUCUGGAUCGGAUCCUGCUGUCUGGUAUAUACAACGUGCGUAAGGGAAAGACCCAGCUGCAUAAGUGGGCUGAACGCCUAGUUGUCCUCUGUGGUACCUGCCUUAUUGUUUCCUCAGUGAAAGAUUGUCAGACUGGAAAGGUGCACAUUUUGCCUCUGGUUGGGGGAAAGGUAGAAGAAGUGAAGCGCCGGCAACACUGCCUUGCAUUCAGCUCAGCUGGAGCCCAAGCCCAGACCUAUCAUGUCAGCUUUGAGACUUUGGCUGAGUACCAGAGAUGGCAGCGGCAGGCAUCCAAGGUGGUGUCGCAGCGCAUCAGCACUGUGGAUCUCUCAUGUUACAGCCUCGAGGAGGUUCCGGAGCAUCUCUUCUACAGUCAAGAUAUCACCUACCUCAACUUGCGACACAACUUCAUGCAGUUAGAAAGACCAGGGGGCCUCGACACACUCUACAAAUUUUCUCAGCUGAAGGGCCUGAACUUAUCCCAUAAUAAGCUUGGAUUCUUUCCUGUGUUGCUAUGUGAGAUCUCUACUCUGACUGAGCUCAACCUCUCCUGUAAUGGAUUUCAUGACCUGCCAAGUGAAAUUGGAAAUCUGCUAAAUCUUCAAACCCUUUGUCUUGAUGGCAACUUUCUGACUACUUUACCUGAAGAAUUGGGAAAUCUGCAACAACUUUCCUCCCUGGGAAUUUCCUUCAACAACUUUAGUCAAAUUCCUGAGGUUUAUGAGAAACUCACUUUGGUGGAUAAAGUUGUUAUGGCAGGAAAUCACCUGGAAGUCCUAAGCCUAGGGGUGCUGAACCGCAUGAGCCAUGUCAAGCACGUGGAUUUAAGGAUGAAUCAUUUGAAAACCAUGGUUGCUGAAAAUCUGGAGGGAAAUAAACAUAUCACCCACAUGGAUUUGCGGGACAAUCAGCUGACUGACUUGGAUCUCAGCUCCUUGUGUAGCUUGGAGCAGCUGCAUUGUGAGCGGAACCAGCUGAGGGAGCUGACACUGAGUGGCUUCUCCCUUCGAACUCUCUAUGCCAAUUCGAACAAGCUGACAGCAGUAAAUGUGUAUCCAGUUCCUAGUCUUCUCACUACCCUGGAACUCUCCCGAAAUCUGCUAGAAUGUGUCCCUGACUGGGCCUGUGAUGCAAAGAAGAUAGAAAUAAUAGAUGUGAGUUAUAAUGUUCUCACAGAGGUUCCUAUGAGAAUUCUGAGUAGUUUGAGUCUUAGAAAACUGAUGAUGGGACACAAUCACAUCCAAAACCUUCCAGCGCUGGUGGAGCACAUCCCACUUGAGGUCCUGGAUAUUCAGCAUAAUGGACUCACCAGGCUGCCAGAUACCCUCUUCUCCAGGGCUUUAAACCUCAGAUACCUGAAUGCAUCUGCAAACAGUCUGGAGUGUUUGCCAUCUGCUUGUGCUGCCGGCGAGAGUCUGAGCGUGCUGCAGCUGCUCUAUCUGACCAGCAAUCGCCUGACUGAUCAGUGCAUACCUGUCUUGGUUGGGUUCCCGCACCUGCGAGUCUUGCACCUUGCCAACAAUCAACUACAGACCUUUCCUGCAAGCAAACUAAAUAAAUUGGAGCAGUUGGAGGAACUGAACUUAAGUGGCAACAAGCUUAAGACGAUUCCCACAACUAUAGCAAACUGCAAAAGACUGCACACCCUUGUUGCACACUCCAACAACAUCAGCAUUUUCCCAGAAAUCCUGCAAUUGCCUCAGAUCCAGUUUGUAGAUCUAAGUUGCAAUGACUUGACAGAAAUACUCAUUCCAGAGGCUCUGCCUGCUACACUACAAGACCUUGACCUGACUGGAAAUACAAAUCUGGUUCUGGAACACAAGACGCUAGACAUAUUUAGCCAUAUCACAACACUAAAAAUUGAUCAGAAACCUUUGCCAACCACAGAUUCUACCAUUACAUCAACCUUCUGGAGCCACGGACUGGCUGAGAUGGCAGGACAGAGAAAUAAGCUGUGUGUAUCUGCUCUAGCUAUGGAUAACUUGGCAGAGGGUGUGGGAGCCGUGUAUGGCAUGUUUGACGGCGACCGGAACGAGGAGCUCCCUCGCCUGCUGCAGUGCACGAUGGCAGACGUGCUGUUGGAAGAGGUACAGCAGUCAGCACAUGACACCGUUUUCAUGGCGAGCACCUUCUUGGUGUCUCACAGGAAACUAGGAAUGGCUGGGCAGAAGCUGGGCUCCUCCGCUCUCCUGUGCUACAUUCGCCCUGACACUGUUGAUCCAACAAGCAGUUUUAACCUGACUGUGGCCAACGUUGGCACCUGCCAAGCAGUCCUGUGCCGAAGUGGGAAGCCAGUGCCACUCUCUAAAGUCUUCAGCCUGGAACAGGAUCCAGAGGAAGCGCAAAGAGUGAAGGACCAAAAAGCCAUCAUAACAGAGGACAACAAAGUGAAUGGGGUAACUUGCUGUACCAGGUUGCUGGGCUGUGCGUACCUCUACCCUUGGAUCCUCCCCAAGCCCUACAUAUCGUCCACUCCUCUUACCAUUCAGGAUGAGCUGCUGAUUCUGGGAAACAAGGCAUUGUGGGAACACUUGUCAUAUGCAGAAGCUGUUAACGCAGUGCGUCAUGUACAAGACCCACUAGCAGCAGCCAAGAAGCUGUGCACAUUAGCCCAGAGCUAUGGUUGCCAGGACAAUGUGGGGGCAAUGGUGGUUUAUUUGAACAUUGGUGAGGAAGGGUGCACUUGUGAAAUGAAUGGACUGACGCUCCCGGGUCCUGUGGGAUUUGCUUCAAGCACCACCAUCAAGGACGCUCCCAAGCCAACCACUCCUUCGUCUAGUAGCGGCAUCGCCUCUGAAUUUAGCAGUGAGACGUCCACCUCCGAGGUGAGCAGUGAAGUAGGCUCUACCGCUUCUGACGAGCAUAACACUGUGGGCCUAGAGGCUGGCUUGCUUCCAAGGCCAGAGAGGCGCUGCAGCCUCCAUCCAACACCCACCUCUGGGGUAUUUCAGCGCCAGCCUUCUUGUGCAACCUUCUCCAGUAAUCAGUCUGACAAUGGCCUAGACAGUGAUGAUGACCAGCCUGUUGAAGGGGUCAUAACCAAUGGCAGCAAGGUCGAAGUAGAGGUGGAUAUCCACUGCUGCAGAGGAAGAGAUCUUGAGAGCUCGCCUACUCUUCGGGAGAGUUCUCCCACCCCCUGUCCUGAGGAACCUUCUAGAGGCUUGUGUUUUGGAAUCCGCAGACAGAACAGUGUGAAUAGUGGCAUCCUUCUCCCAAUGAGCAAGGACAAGAUGGAGUUACAGAAGUCCCCCUCCACUUCCUGUCUCUAUGGGAAGAAACUCUCCAACGGUUCCAUUGUGCCCCUGGAAGACAGCCUGAAUCUCAUUGAAGUGGCCACGGAAGUACCCAAGAGGAAAACUGGCUAUUUUGCUGCCCCCACUCAGCUGGAACCAGAGGAUCAGUUUGUUGUGCCUCGUGACCUGGAGGAGGAAGUGAAGGAGCAAAUGAAACAGCAUCAGGAGAGCAGACCUGAGCCCGAGCCCAGCGAGGAGGAUCGGACUGAGCCCCCGGAGGAGUUUGACACGGCGCUGUGAUUCUGCCCGAGCGGGCAAGUGUGAGAGGAGGCUUGGGGGGCUGGGGCGGGGACCUCUGCAUUUCUAAACCAUAAAAGUGUGGGGUAGAACUCAGAGCCAAAAAGGUGAGCGCUGCCCGGGGCUGGCCCUGGAUGAGCCUGGUGAGCCAGCUGCGCCUUCAGUGUUGCCCCCUCUGCCUGUGUUGGGAUUCCCGGAGCUGCUGGGCAGUCAGUCAGUCCUACCGCUGCCAUUAACCCUUUCUCUCCCAGGAGGGUUUCCGAGAACUUGCCUGCCUGGGCAGGGAGGGGCUCUUUCUGUGGAGGAGGUCAUUGAAGAUUGAUUCCCUUUGCUGAUUGCUGCUGAUGGAUCUCUGUGACAGAGAAAAUCACCUUGUCUCACAGACUAACGGGGUGUGAUGUGACUCGUCACAUGGCUUUCACUCUUCUCUACGAGAAUACAGCCUAUCAAAAUGAUGUCUAUUGGAAAUGUAGAACCAGUCAAACAGCUAAUUUAUGUAUGUAAUGUAAUGAGAGCACUUUCACUGACUGUGAACUUUUUAUUUUUGAAUCUGCAUUCGAGCCAAUGUUAAGAUAAAGGCAGCCCAGUGCCUCUGUCCAUUAGCAGAGAGAUACACGGGGAGUUAGAGCCUUCUUUGAGGGUACUAGGAAGAGGCCUGGGAAAGUGACUUAGCUGUUGGAUGUCAGGAACUUGAGGUAGUAGAUCUUUUGGGGAUGAAGAUAGGGCAGGAGUAAGCACAAAGACUGCUUCCUCCCAAAUUAGGAAGAGAAUUACUCUUUGACAGAUGUGACACCUGCUAGGAGUUUCCCAGAUCACAGGCAUCUGGGGGUUGGCUCCUUUCCCUGACAUGUGCUAGAGUUGGCAGGAGGCCUCCUAGUAGGCAGGGUGGAGGCCGACACUGCUGACAUCAAAGCAACCUUGAGUUACAGCAAAUGACUCUAAGACAGGUGGAGGCCGAAUGAGAACAGAUGAGUGGACGGAGCUCCCAGGUUAGACUUGUUCCUUCUCUCACUGUAAAGCAGAGAGAGGGUUUUCUAGAAUGUUGGAAAUGAACUCAGAGCUCACCUGUAAUGUUCAACAGUGUACUCUUCUGAAAACUGCAUAUUCACCUUACUUGGUUCCAGGGUACUGGGCUCAGUAGCAGCAUAUUGCACAUUCCAUGUAACCCUAGCAAAAUGUAAUUCCUUCUUUAUUUUUGUCACUUUUUCCAUUAGAAUAUUUACUUAGGAAAAUUAAUUACUAUUUAUUUCUAUAAAAUCUUGGCAUUGCUUGAUUUUACCUAUUAGGGAAUGUGCUUUGAAUUUUUGGAAUACUUUCAACAAUUAAGAAAAUAGAGUGGAACCCUUUUUGAUCUGUUUCAUCAGAAACAAAAUGUUAAAGAUAGAGUUGAAUUAUAUUCCUUUGCGUUUUGAGGAAGUGUUUGUUCAGGGCAGUAGUCAAGAGCCAAGUGGCCCAUCCAGAAAUGCUGUGUGUCUUCUCUUCUCAGAGCCCUAUACCUCUUAGCGUGUGUCAGUGGUAUGCUCUUGGGGGUUCGGUACUACUCCAACAUAGUGUAAUGUUUAACCCCUCAAGAAUCUGAUCUGGGGUGUCCAUGUUGUCAGGAACACUUGACUUUCCUGUGUUGAAACUACUGGUCAGCUACUGCAAACUUUUUGAACUCAGGUCUUUGCUUUGAAAUGUGGAACAGAGUGGCUCAUACAAAGAUGAGGUGCUGUUAGAAAGAUGGGAACAAAUAGUGUGUGGCCACCUUAUUUUUAUAUGGGAAAAUGGAAAAAAAAAAAAAAAGAAAAUGAAGGAAAAACCCAGAUAGUAA